AUGUCAAUAGCCUACAGCCUGUCUAUGAGCAUAUGGACAACAAUUGAUAUUCGCCACUGCGAUCAUGUCGAUAACAUUCGUGGCGUACCGUUACCCUCCUCAAAGACACUGGAGUUUGAUGGGUGCACCAGCAAGGAGUUGACAAUUCAAACUUCCUGCAAGUGGAUCGGUGGUACAGUGACCGCUGUGAACAGCGAUUAUAUCUGCAUGAAGAAUGUCUUCAUCUUUCUUGGCGUACCUUUGAGUCGCCGUACCAUGCUUUGUUCCCAAUGGCCUCAUAUCACUAUGCUCAAGUUCGUAGCCAAGGGUGAUUGUCAUGAAAAUCCCGCUCAAAAUGCUGAAGGGUAUGAUCAGCAGCGAGAGGAGAAUCUUAUUGAGGACGACGAGGAACUAGAUAAUAUGAGAUUCGAAGGCGUUCGUCCGAUCAUGUACAAGAUCCAAGUAUUCGAUGAUGUUCUAGCACGCACCUUGAGUCUCGAUUCCUCUGAAACUUUCGUUGAUUUUCCGGCUUCUCUAGAAGUUUUAGAAAGGCGAACGGAUACGGUAGUAAGGUCAAAAGUACCUCCUGUACCCUUGAUCACCAUCGGCUUUGCAAGGCCGCUACCGGAAACAGCAAUCGCCGCUGUCAAUAUUGAUAUCAUCCGGAAAACGCGUUAA